AGAGAGGGAGGGAAUUGGAAACCGAAAGUGCACCCAUAAAAAGGUGGUCCUAGGGGAGCACCUUCUCACUGUCCCCCUCAAAGAAGGGGAGAUUCUUGUAGUUCCGAGUGUGGCGCUGACACUGCUCCUCCAGAGACGGCCAUUAGGACCCUGGCACACAGAUUCCCCGGCCUCAUGUUGCUUUAGGACAUGCUUCCUCUUAUUGGCACCCCCUUUUCCUCCUGUGUUUCCCCCCCACCCCAGCCUUUGCAUUCAGCUUCCAGAAAGCUGAGUCAAAGAGAGCAGCGAGACUGCGAGAUAAUCCGCAGACUUCUCCAGUCCUACUUCCUUAUCGUCCGGAAGAACAUCCAGGACAGUGUCCCUAAAACUGUCAUGCACUUCCUGGUGAACUAUGUCAAAGAGCACCUGCAGAGUGAACUGGUGGGACAGCUGUACAAGGCCCAGCUCCUGGAGGGGCUGCUGACUGAGUCCCAAAACAUGGCGCAACAGCGCAACGAGGCCGCUUCCAUGCUCAAGGCCCUCCGGCAGGCCAACCAGACCAUCUCGGAGAUCCGAGAGACUCAGCUCUGGUGAAUGGCACGCCCCGUGCCCGCUGCCCUCAGUCUGCCGUACCCUUGGGGGUAGAGCUGCCAGCUGAGGGUUUUGCCAACCUCAGGCCACACUCGGCUGUUUCUCUCCUACCUGUCCGUUCUGUAUAUUUUCUUCAUGAUCCAGUUUAACAAUUCUG